UGUUGCGAUACUGCACUCACUAGCAGUUAGCUAGCUAACAUUAGCCAGUCAGUAUCCAGCAGCAGUGGUAGCGCAGAGAAACUCGUGCUCCGUCCACAUACCAAUGACAGGGACACUAAACCUACAGAUAUGCGCCUGGACAUUGACUGCUAGUUUCUCCUGUCUGUGUCGCCAACGCUGUGUGAAGAUAUUUCUGAUCUGAAAAAGGCUGUAACGUAACUCUCGGCCAUGGAUACUGAUCGACAGAAACGAAGAGAGGAAAUUCAGAAAGCCAUGAGCUUUAUCCAGUCAUCAUUGCCUUUCCCCGAGCCAGAGAGUUAUGAGGCAUUUGUGACCCAGUUGGUGUGUAACUUGCUGGACGAGGGCAAUUGUUGCUUUCGAGAUGGGGACAGUCGUCAGGCGACCCAGCAGUAUGGGGAGGGGAUCAGUGUUGCCCGCUACGCUCAGGCUGAGGCCCUCGUCAUCCCCCACCUGCUGCUGGAGAGCCUAUAUGUCAACAGGGCUGCUGCCUGCUACCAGACGAGGGAGUUUGAGCGCGGUGUUCAGGACUGUGACAGUGCACUGUGUGUGUCAGAAGGCAGUCGCAGGGCUUUGUACCGCAAAGCAAUCUGUCUGAGGGAGCUGGGACGAAUCCGAGAGGCCUACGAGUCUUCAACCAAAUGUCUGCUGACAGCACCACAUGACAGGCAGGUGAGUGACCUGGCUCAGGAUCUGGCCAAUAAACUGGGCCUGAAGAACCGCAAGGCUUACGUCAGCCCACAGACGGUGUCCUCGGCCACAGAAGGGGAGAGUCACGGGGAGUCUUCCCCCCCCACAGGAGAGAUGUCCUCCAAUGGGCUGGAAUCUCUGGGUGACAUGGGAUCAGAUGACAUGUCUAAUGCGCAGUGCAUCCCCGCUCCUUUGGCCACACCCAUCCCAGUCAGCGAUGACCCGGCGUCCCCUGAGGUGAGCCCAUGCACUGACCAAUCAGAGAGCCCCAGCAGCCAGGGCCUGCCUCCCAUGCCGUACUCCGUCCCCGUGUCGGAGCACAUGGAUGAAUGCAAUAUCACCAAGGAAGAGCUAGACAGUCUGCUGGAGUGCAACCCCAAGAAAGUGUGUGAGAGUCCAGUCCAGGGUGCUAUCCCCACCAACCUCCCCAACACGGCGGUGGGUCUCCGGCCUCCGUACUCCCCGAGCCUUCCAGCCCCGUCACCCCAGCUUCCCUCAGCCUUCUUCAGCUCCUCCAUUAGUGAGAUGCCCCCGCUGGAGUCCUUCUCGCAGCUGGCCCAGCGGGACCAGGGCUCCACCCAGGCGCAGGACGCUCUGGGAGGCUUCCCCACGGAUGGAGAAGGGAAGGAUGGAGUCGCUGCUGGCGGGCUGGACUCGUUGUCUGAGUACACUCUCCCUGGGGGACGAGUGUGUCACAGCUUCAUUCCUGGAAUGCGCAACCACAAUGCUGCACAUGCAAAUGGUCCCGCAGGAACAAACCUGUCUCUGCUCUCCAGGAACCCUCUGGCAGCCACACAUGAGUUUCGACAGGCCUGUCAUGCCUGUUACAGCCGAAUAGGUCCUCGAGUGAUGGACUACAAGUAUCAGCCGGAGGCAGCACACCGCUGCAAGAGGGACGUGCUGCUGUGCCGCCUCAAAAACACCGAUGACCCCACUUGGAAGAGGAUCCGGCCACGACCGGCACGGAACAACUUCCUGGGGGCAUUUGUACUUUGUAAAGAGGUGCAGGAGCGGCAGGAGUGCCAGUACGGAGAGAACUGUACGUUUGCUUACUGCCAGGAGGAGAUCGACGUGUGGACACAGGAGAGGAAGGGCGCGCUGAGCCGAGAGCUGCUGUUCGAUCCGCUGGGCAGCACAGAGAGACGGGCGCUCAGCGUCACCAGACUGCUGCAGCUCCACAUGGGCAUGUUCAUGUUCCUCUGUGAGGAAUGUUUUGAUAGUAAGCCUCGCAUCAUCAGCAAGCGCAGCAAAGAGAACUUGGCAGUCUGCUCAAACCUCACAGCUCGACACCCGUUCGACGACAACAAGUGCCUGGUGCACGUGGUGAGGUCGGCCAAUGUGCGCUACAGUAAGGUGCGUCCGCUGCACCCUCUCUGCCAGUUCGACGUGUGUCGCCACGAGGUUCGCUAUGGCUGCCAGCGUGAGGACAGCUGCUCCUUUGCUCACUCCGUCAUAGAGCUCAAAUGUUGGGUCCUGCAGCAGGAUACUGGUAUCACCCAUGAAGAGAUGGUGCAGGAGUCCAAGAGACACUGGCAGAGGCUUGAGCAGAACGCACAGAAGCAGCAGAAGCCGAUCCACAUCCCCCACUCGAGCAGCAGCAUGCCUGCAGGAGGAAUGGGGGGCAUGGGGGGUGGUGGUGGCGGAGGAGAUGGCAUCGGUGGGGGUGGUGUGGGCCCAGUGGGAGGGUUAGGAGCAGGGGUGGGAAGAGGUCGUCCCCUCAACCUGAAAAUGAAGUUUGUGUGCGGACAGUGCUGGAGAGAAGGACAAGUCAACGAGCCCGACAAGAACCUCAAGUACUGCACUGCCAAAGCACGACACAGCUGGACGAAGGAGCGCCGGGUCCUGCUGGUGAAGUCAUUCGAGAAGAAGAAGUGGGUUGUUGUUCGGCCUCUGCCCUUCUCCCGCACCUAUCCUCAGCAAUACGACAUGUGUGUGCACGUGAUGAAGCAGAAGAAGUGUCACUACAUCGGGAACUGCUCAUUUGCUCACAGUCUGGAGGAGAGGGACGUCUGGACGUACAUGAAGAACAACAGCUUGAGAGACAUGCAACAGAUGUACGAACUGUGGCUGCAGCUCACCAAUCAGAGUAGACGCACAGACGGCUCCACUGUGACCCCGUCCCCCGAGGACAAGCAGGUCACCAUAACAGCGGAUUACUCAGAAAGCAUGGGAGGCCGGCGGUUGUCAGACGGAGACGAUCUCUGAGUGACUGAUCGCCGCUGAGCUGCAGACCGAGACGGGCCUUCCUCACCAGCUACAACUAAACAGUCUGACCUCCUCUAACAUCUAGCCAGCAGUGUGAGAGCAGUGCAGACACACAACCCCCAUAUACAUGUACACACACACACACACACACGCAUAUUAACCCUUCCACAGGCACCGCUUAACACGAAGAGAAAGCUUUGUAAGUGAAAAUACGGGACUUGGCUUUAGCGUUGUGUUUUAAUAUCAUGCUGCAGUUACACAGCGCUUCCCCUUCAGCAGAUUAUACCGCAGAAAUUCCACAGACAACUAGUUUUGCUCUGACUAAAAAUAGUCAACAGUGCUCUUUGGAGUAUUCGUGUCCACCAGGCGCCACCUUCGUCUUUCUUUUCUUAAAGUCCUCGCAGCACUGAAGCGAUUCUUGGGUGGCCGCGCUGGUCGCAGCUCGUACAUUUAGCUUGGUGAUGAUUUAAACCGAAGCCCAAAGUGCUGUCGACGUUAACGGAGACCGAAGAAAACUAUGAAGAGUUGUAGAAAGAGGUUCUCGGUGGACACUCCUCGUUGAGCUGCGUAACAACCAAAUCCCACUCCUUCCUUCACGGGAGUUUUGCGAGAGGGUCAAAAAUAACUUUCUGGAGAUGAAUGAUUUUUCUCCACGGGGAGUUGUACUUCCUUGUUAUAUUGUCUGCCAUAUUGGUAGAAAGCUAUGAAUGUAACGCCUGCACGGGCCUUUAAAACUUGGAAAUUAGUCAUUUAAAGCGUUGCUGUGGAUGUGGAAUGUAUGCAAGUAUACUUAAAUACCCCAUCGAAAUAUUGUGUAACAUGACAGGCCCCCCCUUCUCUCUCUUGAUGGCUGGUUACGCAAUCAACCACGCACAGACACGCAAACACACCUACGUGAGAAUGUGGGAACAGAACAAUGUUAACUUAUCACCUGAGGCUAAAGUACACGUGCGCACGGCUCAAAGCAGUUGCGGCGUCCAUGAUGUACGUGAAAGCUGACGGAUGCGAGGGCUACAGAGACGUGACUGCAGCAGUCCAUGCUAGAGCUGCUCUCCGCAUUAGAUCAGUUCAGACCGCAGAUGCCCAUUAAGAAAUAAUGACCUCGCUUGGACUGAAGCACAGUGAAAAUACUGCACGUGCAGAAGUUCUGUAAUAGUUAAAGGGAAGAAAAGAUACUUUAAAGAGUAAAACGUUGGGAGGAAAUGACUAGACAUGGAGGAUUAUUAAGAAGGUAUAUUUUCUAUAGUUGAUUGUAAGAAUAUUUAAAAAGUUCUUCAGUUGAACUGGGGCCAUUAUUUCCCCGAGGAAACAAUCAUGCCCCCACGGCCUUCUGAUGGAAACCCGUGUUCCUCAUACUUCCAUGUGUUGCCCCUAAUAUCGACCUUUCAUCAUGGAAACCCUUCUCGCCACAUAUUGUGCCUAUAAACACACCAACAUGCGACACACGCACACACGCACAGAGGCAGGAUUUCUUCUUCUAGCCUUUUAAUGUGGACGGAGACGCGAUAGAGCUAUGUCUAUAUUCAGAUACAUAUACACACAUAUUAUACAUAUUUACAAAUAAUGCUAUACUAAUAAUAAUUGAUAACUUAGCGGUUAAGCUUAAUAAAUAUAUAACCUGAAAAUCUGUAUUGAUUACAUAGAAGAACUUCUUGUUAUUGAGGUAUUGCUAUAUGACAUGUAACGCUGAACUAGACGACUAUAGUGAUUUCUUUUCUUUUUUUGGGAUUUCUUUUCUUAAUUUUUAUUCUUUAUAUUUUUGUAAUUUUUCCUUCUGUGCGGGUUGUUCCAGACGGGGUUGUAUGAACCGGUUGAAGCAGAACUAUAGUUUGGCAGUGUUCCUGUUCUGCAAUGUGUAGGUUAAACUUUAUACUUUAAGCAUUCAUCUUGAUCUUCAGAGCGACCGCUUCAAUUCUCAAAAUACUGACAUCACGCUCGACCAGAACGUUCUGCUCAGGUGGAGGGAAAUGAAAGUGUGAAGACGGGACCACCUGCAGAAAACACAGUAUCGAGUUGUGUGAUCUUGCAUUUCGUCCGCAGUCAUUGGAUAAACAGAAACUAGAGAUGCAACACUAAAGGCUGCAGUGUCUUAAUUAUCCAGCCCGAUCAGAAUUAGACGGAGCGCUAACUCCACAAAGCAGAUCUCAGGUCAGUUUUGCUGCUCACUCGGCAGCUGUUUUGGUUUGAUUGUGGACGAUGAGCCCCCCCUCUGGAACAGCCCAGUGUUAGCUUCUUCGAGGGAUCGUAUUACUACUACUCCUAGUAUGAUGAUGAAUAUGAUGACGAUAAUGAUUGCUAUCUAUUUCUAUUUCUUCUCUAUAUGCUAUUGAUAUAUGUAUGUUAAUUGCAAUGUAUAACUCUUUAUAUAUGUAUCCAUGUAUGAAUAUAAUAAUUAACAGUAAAUACGCGUCUGUGUAUGCAGCGGUGGGAGGCAGUGAGCAGGGAGCGUCAAAGCUUCUGAUAUUUAAUGUGCGGCGUUUUAAGACCUGCAGGUGGUGACGUCGGAGACAUCCACAGCACGGCACACCUGCUCCAUAGUAAUGUUGUCUGCGAUCUGUUUGUAAGCCUUAACAUUAUUUGGGCUCUGGCCGGAAAGGGAAAAAACAAAGUUGAUGAUGAAAGUUUACAGUAUAUAUACGGUUUCACCUGCUCACUGCUGUUUGUUUAAAUCCACCAGGUAAAGACGGAUAUGGAAAAGCAUACAUAGUAGCCUAUAUACUCCCAUAUAGCGCCUUAUUCGAUAUACUACACCUAUAAGAUGAUACAUAAUCCUGCUUACUAUAUACAGUAUAUGAUACCUGAUACCUAUUAUAAUACUUAGACUCCCUUAUAAGGUCAUUUAGAUAAGAGAUGGUGGAGCUGUUUAUUUCUGUGGCUGUGGACGAGUUUGUGAUCAGUAAUGUGUUCCCAUCUUGUUUAUUUAUAUAUAUAUAUUUAUAUAUAUAUAUAUAACACAAAAAAAGACAAGUUGUUAGAGUGCCGCACACUCAAAUGCUCUUUAUUAACGCAUUGUUGUCAGUUCAGGAUAUUUGCAAAGCAGCUGGGAUGGAAAGUUAAAAUCAGCUACGAGCCAAAGAUUGGAAAAUCUUAUUUCUGUCAGAAAAAGGAAGUCGCUGAUAAAUAACCAAAAAGUGGAGUUUAAUUGAUUCCAAUUGGCUUUAUUAAAUAGUGAAUAUGGCGGGCAUUUGUGUUUUUAACCAGCGUGCUAAGUGGACAGACUUCCUGCCUUUAAAGACAUGUUGGAGUAAAUUGUUCAAAAGUUUAAAAAAAGCCGAGCAUUUGAGGGGGUGGGGGGGGUGGGGGGGCUCCUCUUCCGGUGUUGGAGAGAGACACUGAUGAUGGAACUGAAUUGCACAGGAACAGAACAAACUGGAUCCUGCGCUGCAUGUUCUGUGUGUGUGUGUGUGUGUGUGUGUUGGAAACGGGCGAAUCGUGACACAAACUAACGCUGAGGAGGGUUUCUGCUACUUUACGUGCACACAAGACAAAGUGCUGACCGGUUAUACAAUAACAACAAAGACUACAUUUAAUUAGUUUAAUCUUUAGUGAAUCUGGAGUUUCGUCCUCUAAUGCAACACAACUGAACUCUUUACAGGAUAAUUGAAGUUGUGUUUAAUUCCUUUUUUUGUGUGUUUGGUGUACUUGCCCUGGGAAAAGAGUGCAAUCCUUUUUGUUGAGCCCCGAUUACUUCAGUCUAUCUUACCAAAUACAUCUUAACACCAUUCAUGCUGAAGAGGUGAGGAGACCGGUCCAUGACACCUGAAGUGUGCCGGGCACAAGACUUUACCUGGAGACAAUAUCACCAUGAACGGCAGUGCUUAGAAAAUAUGGCUUAACUUAAACCUACAAUAUUUACAGAGGCUGCAGCAACAGAAACCUUCAACGCAUGCACGCGCUCGGCCCCCUGAGGAAGUGUGUGUGUGUGUCAUGCGAGUCCCAGCACCAACACACGCCUACACAGCCACACAGAAAUCUUAAUGUAUCAGUGUUCAAUCAGUUAGAAGUUAUUGGUUAUUGGUUAUUGGUUAUUGGUUAUUGGUUAUUGGAAUUGUUUAACGACUUUAAAGAAAUCAGGGUUGUAAGAAGUGGACAAAACAAGGCCUCUUUUUGUACUGUAUUUUUACAUUUUGUUUUAUGUUUUAUCUUCUCAACUUUGUUUUCUCUUUUCUCCUCCCUGGUUGGAAGUUCAUGUUCUCAUAAGUGGACCAAAUCUCUUGAAAGCAUUUAAUAAACAGAUUGUUUUAGAAAACAAA